AUGAAGUUUGGAAAGCAGAUGGAGACAGCAGCUUUUGAUCUCCCAGAAAACUGGAGACCACAUCUUAUUCAUUACAAGACAUUGAAGAAGUCUAUCAGAUUAGUAGUGGACGAACUCGAAUCAAGAGGUUUGUCCACAGAAUGGCUGAAUACUUUGGAUACGGAUGAAGCAAUGCGUCUAGACUAUGUAUUCGAUGGUGAUGUCAAAGAUCCUCACCCAUGUAUCAAGAUUACCAUUGAUGAUCCCACUUCCAUCGCAGCUGUGGAAGAGCCUGCUUUGCUAAAACUGAUACCCGUUACUGAACAGCUCAAUACUGAGCCGUUGUCCAUCAAGAUUGAACUUGUCCGUGAUUCUGAGUUCUUUCACUUACUCUUACAUGAGCUUUCGCAUGCCGCUGCGCUCCAUGACAAGGAAAAGAGCAGAUUCCUGGGCGAUGUAGAUGCACUGGAGAGCCAAUUGACUGUCGCUGCAUCUCCUCAAAAGAAAGAUUUGUACGCUUGGAGAGAGAUUUUCAAUCUAUAUGUAGAGGCUCAGAUCUUCAGAAAUGAAACCGAAGGUCAAUACUCUCCUCAAUCUUACGAGAGAAGCCAAGAAAAACUCGAAUGGUUUACAAAGGAAUUGGCCAGGAUGAACUUGACAAAGAAGCUGUCAUCAAGACCUUCCAAAAAGGCAUUGACUCAAUUCCUAGCUAUCAAUGCUCAGCUCGUCCAUUUCAAGCACUUUCAAUCGUUGAAUCAAACUGCUAUGAUCAAAAUUCUAAAGAAGCAUGACAAGCAAUUUCCGUCAUUUGCGAAAAACAACGCUAUCUUUGUCGAAGGGAUCUUGAUGUCUCUGUUCAAUGCCAUCCAGACCAAACUGAUUACCAUUGUACCACAACCUGAUGAUUACGACUGUCCUGUGUGUUUCUCCAUCGCUUGGAGGCCAAUCCGCCUGGAAUGCGGGCACGUCUUUUGUGUCAGAUGUCUGAUCAAGGCUCAUCGGAAACGCAUGUACAACUGCCCUAUUUGCCGACAAGAGCACGCAGUGGGCAAUGCGGAUGCCAACAAUUUGGACCAAACGCUUCAAAACUUCAUGAUGCUGUACUUUCCCAAAGAAAUCAAAGAAAAGCGCAAAGAGAAUGAGCGAGAACAAGCAACCAUCAACAAGCAACAGUGUGUCAGGCAUACUCUGCCUCCUCGCAGAUUGGCACAUAGCACAUUUACAACUAUUCGAAGCAGCCCCUCUUCGCUACCCCGCAAUUCCAACUGUAACAUUAUGUAA